AUGCCGGUAACUUUGACUUCACUUUUGACGCACGUCAAAGAUGAAGUCAAACGUGGUGGCUGCGCUAUACUUUUAGUGGUUUUUAAAGAUGAAGCUGAAUACGAAAUUUUCACUUUGACAACACUUUUGAAUGCUAUCAAAGGAGACAACAAAAAUGCAAUGAAUUUCGGACUUAUUUCUAAGGUUUGUUAUCAAGCGACGGCAAAAACAGCUUUUACGUUCUGACUGAGUGUAUCGGUGGGCAUUCGCUUCGGUUCUUCUUAAUUAGAACUAGGUAAUUUUAAAAACGCCUUGGAUCUACAGUAAUGUAAUUAUAAUCCGUGCAGCGUUCAUAUGAAAAUUUAAGUUUUCGUGCUUAAACUUAUUGAAGUUUUAAAGCCGAACAUAUAAUUCACGAAACAAUAUAGAGUAUCACAAAACAAGAAAAUUUAUAUUUUUUAAUAUAAGGAUGAAAAUAAUUAGAACUUAAUUGGAAGUGCAACAUUUCUGCUCAGUAAAUCACUUUUGUUUUUCAUUCAGAAUUUGCUGAAGGUAAGAAGCGUUUCCAUUACCACUUUUUGACAAACCGGCUACUGGAUCAACGAAAUGUAUAUUGAUGCUGACUAAAAUCCUGUAUCUGGGCAGCUAAAUUGAGCGACUUUAUGAAAAUGUAUGUGAUGAAAUGUAAAAAGAAAAAUGUGUCGUGCCCAAUUUGGUCUGAAAUCAUACUUGUGAUUUCAAAUCAAACUAGCGCGGAUUUUGAAAUGACGAGUAUGAUGUCCGAAAAAUUACCCUGCACUUAGUUCGAUUACCAUUAUAAUUAAAUUGAGGAAAUACGACGAAUGCCCUUAAUUUGAGUAGGUUACAUAAUGUAUAUGUUUUACUUGAAUUUCUAGAAGCUUGGCUUAAAUCAACGUCAGGUUACUUUCCUUAUCUGCUUUAAACUCGCUAUCAUAAAGUGUAAGUCACAAUGCGAUUUUAGGUGGCAAACAAGAUUGUAGAUGUUCAAGUGAUGAAUAGCACCAUUCUGACUUUUUUUUUCAAGUGAAGUUGAUUCAAUCUUAAACGAAAUUGCAAGCGCAGUACUAUACAUCUUACCCAACAGCGAAAAGAAAAUGUACGUUUAUUUUUGAAACUUUGUGGCAAAAAAAUGUUGUCGAACAAAUAGAUCACACCUAUUCCUCGACCUGUAUGAAGCCAAAAUCGCAGAACGCACCCCUACACGAGUGACACUGGCACUAGUGAUUUUCCCCGGGAGCAGUGUGAUUUAGAAACCAAGUACGCGACUGAAAAGCCAAGGGACAGACUGAGAAAAGUAAUGCCAUAAAGAAACCUCUGCUUACAGGGUAUAGUGUCUAAUUUUGGUUUGUGCUAUUGCUGUGUUUAAGGAUGCGGCAGAACCUAAACGCAAGUAAAAGCGCAUGCACACGGGAGGGCAAAAACAUGAACUCGUGUAUGCAUUCACACUAUUUUACGGUGAGGUAAGCACCCUUGUGCUCGCGCCGUCGUUGCUAGUGCAACGUGAGCCUACGUGCAGUCGCCUACUAUAAAAACAAAAAGGUAUAUUUGCACUCAGAGGCUACGUAACUUUUCAACCACUUAUUAAAUCGUCAAUUUGUGACCGUAUCAUUACACUUUAUUACACUCUACUCUUUUAUGCAACGACGUACUACGCUGACCUUAAAACACUUUUUAUUAAAGCAAAACAGAUUUACGUGACAGCUAAAUGGCUAAAAUAUAGAAACUUCCAACAAAGUUAAAGGCAAUUAUUUCUUUAUUAGCCAAGUAAGGAAAACGUUCCCAAUGAAAACACCAAAAAUUAUUAAAGACGGUCAAUUUUCAAAACGAAUUAAUACUCAAGUCAAAAGAUAAAUUUUGUUGAAGUUUAUAUAUAUUUUAAACUGGAAAGAGCGUGGCCCUCAAAUGUCGUAGCCGUCCAGAACUUGCGGAGUAAUAAUUCGCAAUAUUGAUCUGCACAGGAAGUUCAUCAAAUGGAUCUGCAAGUUAAAAAUCCCUGUUAAAUAUAAAACUAUCCUCGCAUGCCCUCAAACAGAAAAGGCAUAAAAUCAAAGACAACAAAUAACUGAAUUUUUUUAGCUAAUAUAAAUAUCGACGAAUAGCAUUCAUCCGCAAAUAAUAAUAAUGGUCAAAGAAUUUUCUUUUUGGCUUUUUCUGUUGUUGUAUGUUUGACGGCAACGUCUGUGACAUCAAAUGUGAUUUAGCUUGGGUUACAUCACAGUAAUAGGCAUUCAAAAACCUCAUCACAGAAAGUACGGCACACCUGUAUCGCAGUUGUGCUAUAGAACGUCAAAUAUCAACGUUUUCGGAAAGCCUGCGAAAUUUCAAGAUAAAAUCCGCCUUGCGCAGGCUUGAGUCAAGUCUUCUAUCAUUAAACCUUUAAGGUAAUAUUUUUUACCUAAUUUUUCAAAGGUACAUAAACAAUCGCGAAGUUCUGACAGAAUAAAGAGUUUAAGCAACAAGGACGGUGACGGCUACGAAAACGUGACUAAAAAAGUGUUGUCGCGCUGCUUCAAACGUUAUCGCGCUUAUUCCAUCUCAUUCUAUUUGUCGAAUGUUGGCAAUCUCUCCAACAGUUGAAUUCUGAAAAGACUGUAUCGAAGUUUAGGAUAAGGAAAAGAAAGUCGUUGACUUGUGUUCACGUCCUCUACAAAACAUGAAAUAGGACAUUUUCACGUAGUGGUGUAGUGAUGGCAAAGAAAUGUACAGAAAAGCAUGCUGCACAUGCAAAGUUGUUGUUUUGCCAAUCUAAACCUCUUCCUCUUUUGACGUUCUCGUUGCAGGUGUCGUCGCUUAAGCUCCCUAUUACAAGUAACGGUUACGAUUACAAUUGUGUACACGCGGUAGGCUUGAGGCGACAAAUCCGACAACGUUAAUUGAAAUAACUGUUUAACCAAGAGACUUUUCUUUUGAAAAAAAAUUUUGAUUUCUUUCUUAUUAAACGUAUUAAUUUAACAAGGGCUACGUACUACAAGGACUACAUGAGAGAUCCUUACCCUAAUUAAGCCAAACUGUUGUUUGGCAAUUGCACAACCCCACCCCACCCCACCCAAACCCACUCAUAAAAUAUUUGAUCAGUUCUAAACAAUCUAACCUUGGUUUUCUUGACACACUGAAGGACAUAGUAAGAAUUUGAUACUGGUUUGGUGUUGUAACACCACCAACUUCCUCGUCUGCCUGGGACAAGUAGUGUGUUAAAAGUCCCGUAGACGGACGAAUUAGUCCCAAAAGGGCGCAAUGACAAAAUAUAAAAAUUUCAAUGCAAUAAUAAAUACCGAGAAUACGAAAUGCUAUGUUGUAUUCAAAUUGAAGCACAAUGCAAUUGGCCUUUUGCAUUAGUUGAUCACGUGAUGAUUUUUCGAUGAACUCGAAAACAGUUUGCAUUUGAAACAUUUUGUUAGCAGGAACUGAAAGAGCAUAUUGAAAUUUGGUGACCUGUACAUUUUCAGCCGUAUAUCUCAAAAGUAGCGAUUGCAACACCCUUGAAUGGUUUUCCAUAUCAAUCAUUGUAAAUUUCGAAAUUUUCAAACUGUCGUGAUUAUUUCUUUAAGCAUUACGGGGCUCAAAUCCCCUUUUAGUUCAUAACAGGCACUUUGAGCCCUUAAAUUCGAAGGGGAAAUAUUUAACGACAGUUUAAAAAUUUCAGAACUAUCAAGGAGUUGUAUGGAAAACCACUCAAGUGUGACUGGGCAGCAAGAGUUGUUUUUUCUCAUACAAACCCCUCUAAUUUUCUGCGGCCGUUGCAAUCGCUACUUUUGAGAUAUACGGCUGAAAAAUUUACAGGUUACCUAAUUUUAAUAUGCUCUUUCAGCUCGCGCUAACAAAAUUGUACAAACGCGAACUGUUUUCGUCUUUACCGAAAGUUGAUCACGUGAUCAACUAAUGCAAAAAGGCCUAUUAGAAAACUUGUAUCGAUGAAUCACUACCUCAGAAAAAAGCGCGAACUGUUCCUCUCUCUCUCUUGUAGCCCAUCUUGGGAAAUGCAGCGCCAUAUUAAGUUCCCCGAUGCCACCACCUCAGCGUCCAGACGUUGUGAAAUGUGUGUUAAAGUAA